AUGUCGACACCGCAAGCGAAACGUCGCCGGCUGAACGAAGCUGCGAAAACGCUCCAGAAGCCGUUCAAAUCGCCCUUUCGCACGCCGCUGAAGCCUAGCAUAGGCGAUGACCCGCCAUCGCCUGACCCACCUGAUGUUCAUGCUUCUGCACAUAUGACCCCAACCGCGACGAUUCCGGCUCCCAAAUAUGUUGCUUCCAGCGGCAAUGGCGGACAGCAAUCCUCUAAUGCAGCAGUUCCCGGCCAGGUCCCAGCGACGCCGGUAGCCUCUAAGCCGCGUAUCUCGAAGCCUCUCGCAUCACGCCCAAACUUCUCCACCCCUUCGCGAGUCGCCCCAAAGAAGAUACCCUCGAAACCUUCCCUCACGCGUGAGAUAAUGCAAUUGCGCAACGAAAUACAGAUGCUCAAGCAAGCUCAAACCCUCGCUACCUCCACCAAGGACGACGACCUAGUCGUGCUCGUAGAUAAAUGGCGGAUGGCGAGUCGUGCGGCAGCAGAAGAGCUAUUCGGCAGCACCAGAGACCGGGUCAACCGGAUGGGCGGGGUAGGCGCAUGGAGGGAGCGCGAGAAGGAAUCCAAAGAGCGACAAUUGAAGUGGGACCAGGAGGAGAAGGAGGCAGAACGAGAGAAAAUGGAAGAAGCAAAGGGGAACGGCGAAGUGUCGGAGGAAACGUAUGAUCGAUAUGCCGAGAUGGAUGGUGAGAGGGAGAAGGGAGAGGAAGAGAAGGAGACCUUCAAGUGUGCGGAUGAUGAUUCGUUUACCAUGGAUAUGAUGCUGAAGACACUCAACAUUGAUCUCAAGCUCAUUGGGUACAGCAAGGAGGCGCAAAGGUGGGAUGGAUGA